UUUGCUUAUGGAGUCCCAGACUUGGAACUGAAGAACAUUGCCUGUAGUGAGGUCCUCUUGCAGCGUUUCAUCAUCUUCAGCCAGCACUGGGGGGCACAGACCGUGCGUGACACCCUGUGUCCCCUCUCCCAGGUCACCCUACAGUGGAUAGAAGACACUCUGUAUGCCAACGUGGACUUCUUCAAACUCUUCCGUGUGCUCCCCACACUCCUAGACAGCAGUUCUCAAGGUAUCAACUUGAGAUUUUGGGGAGGAAUAUUAUCUGAUAUGUCACCAAGAAUACAAAAGGCCAACUCAACUUUUGAAGAACUGGAUCGAGUUAGGAAGCUGGUCAAAGCCUGGGGAGAAGUGGGACCCCAGAUCUGGUACUUCUUUGAGAAGAGCACACAGAUGACCAUGAUCAGAGAUACCCUGGGGCACCCAACAGUAAAAGACUUUAUUAAUAGGCAGCUUGGAGAAGAAGGUAUUACUACUGAAGCCAUAUUAAACUUCUUCCCUAACGGUCCCCGAGAGAACCAGGCUGAUGACAUGACCAACUUUGACUGGAGGGAUAUAUUUAACAUCACAGACCACUUCCUACACCUGGCUAAUCAAUACCUGGAGUGUCUGGUCCUGGAUAAGUUUGAAAGCUAUGGUGAUGAAGUUCAGCUCAUCCAACGAGCCCUGUCUCUCCUGGAAGAGAACAGGUUCUGGGCUGGAGUGGUGUUCCCUGACAUGUAUCCCUGGACCAGCUCCCUGCCUCCCCACGUGAAGUACAAGAUUCGGAUGGACAUAGAUGUGGUGGAGAAGACCAAUAAGAUCAAAGACAGGUACUGGGAUUCUGGUCCUAGGGCAGACCCCGUCGAAGACCUCCGGUAUAUCUGGGGAGGCUUUGCCUAUCUACAGGACAUGGUUGAGCAAGGAAUCAUAAGGAGCCAGACCCAGGCAGAGGUUCCCAUUGGCGUCUAUCUCCAGCAGAUGCCUUAUCCCUGCUUCGUGGAUGACUCUUUUAUGAUCGUCCUGAACCGCUGCUUUCCUAUCUUCAUGGUGCUGGCGUGGAUCUACUCCGUCUCCAUGACCGUUAAGGGCAUUGUCUUGGAGAAGGAACUGAGGCUGAAGGAGACUUUGAAGAACCAGGGUGUCUCUAAUGCUGUGAUUUGGUGUACCUGGUUCCUGGACAGCUUCUCCAUCAUGUCAAUGAGUAUCUUCCUCCUGACGCUGUUCAUCAUGCACGGGAGAAUUCUGCACUACAGCGAUCCCUUCAUCCUCUUCCUGUUUCUGCUGGCCUUCUCCACAGCGACCAUCAUGCAGUGCUUCCUGCUUAGCACUUUCUUCUCCAAGGCCAGCCUUGCAGCAGCCUGCAGUGGGGUCAUCUACUUCACCCUCUACCUACCACACAUUCUGUGCUUUGCCUGGCAGGACCGGAUGACGGCUGACCUGAAGAUGAUUGUGAGCCUGCUUUCUCCUGUGGCAUUUGGCUUCGGCACUGAGUACCUGGUCCGCUUUGAAGAGCAAGGCCUGGGGCUGCAGUGGGACAACAUUGGGAAGAGUCCCAUGGAAGGGGAUGAGUUCAGUUUCCUGCUGUCCAUGAAGAUGUUGCUGCUUGAUGCUGCUCUGUAUGGCUUGCUUGCCUGGUAUCUUGACCAGGUUUUUCCAGGAGACUAUGGGACACCACUUCCCUGGUACUUCCUUCUACAGGAGUCUUACUGGCUUGGAGGUGAAGGUUGUUCAACCAGAGAAGAGAGGGCCCUGGAAAGGACUGAACCUUUAACUGAGGAGAUGGAGGAUCCGGAGCACCCGGAAGGAAUGAGUGACUCCUUCUUUGAAGUGGAGCUUCCGGGGUUGGUGCCUGGAGUGUGUGUGAAGAACCUGGUAAAGGUUUUUGAGCCCUGUAGCAGGCCCGCUGUGGACCGCCUUAACAUCACUUUCUAUGAGAACCAGAUGUCCAUCCUGACAGGUCUGUUACCACCAACAUCUGGGACUGUGCUCAUUGCGGGGAAAGACAUUGAAACGAGCCUGGAUGCAGUACGCCAGAGUCUGGGCAUGUGUCCCCAGCACAACAUCCUGUUCCACCAUCUCACCGUGGCUGAGCAUAUCCUGUUCUAUGCCCAGCUGAAAGGGAAGUCCUGGGAGGAGGCCCAGCUGGAGAUGGAAGCCAUGUUAGAAGACACUGGCCUCCACCACAAGAGAAAUGAGGAAGCUCAGGACCUUUCAGGAGGCAUGCAGAGGAAGCUGUCUGUUGCCAUUGCUUUUGUGGGAGAUUCCAAAGUGGUGGUCCUGGAUGAACCCACCUCUGGGGUGGAUCCCUACUCCAGGCGCUCCAUCUGGGACCUGCUCCUGAAGUAUCGCUCAGGCAGAACCAUCAUCAUGUCCACUCACCACAUGGAUGAGGCUGAUCUCCUUGGCGAUCGAAUCGCCAUCAUUUCCCAGGGAAGGCUCUACUGCUCUGGAACACCACUGUUCCUCAAGAACUGCUUUGGCACAGGCUUCUACUUGACCUUGGUUCGCAAGAUGAAAAGCAUCCAGAGCCAAAGAGGUGGCUGUGAGGGGGCCUGCAGCUGUACAUCAAAGGGUUUCUCCACCAGGUGUCCAGCCCGGGUUGAUGAGAUAACUGAAGAACAAGUGUUGGAUG